GAACGUGACGUCACGCUUGUUCAUCCGGGUACUUGACCGCCAUUGUUGCAGACAAGCAGUCAGCUGUCCAUUGUGAUCGUUGUUCCGACUCGAGUAAAUCAUCAUGCCAGAUUUUUGUUGCGUCAACGGAUGUGGAAAUCGCGGAAACAGAGACAUUGGGAAGCGAUUUUUCCGUGUUCCAAAGAUUAGAUUGCAUGAAGGGGAAGGUACAAUGGAGUUAUCGAAAAAACGGCAACAAAAGUGGCUUGCAAAUAUACAACGUGCAGAUCUGAACGAAGCUCGAGUACACAAGGCAAAUGGUUAUUUGAAAGUCUGUUCUGAUCAUUUUGUAAGCGGGGAACCAAGUAAACUGUACGAUAAGGAUUCUGUAGAUUGGGCUCCAACAGUAAAAUUGGGGCAUAACAAUGUGAAUUGUCCGAGAGAGGCUGACCUACAACGCACCGAACGAAUGAAUCAGCGGGUUGAAAAAAGGAAAUAUUCAGAAGCUGCCGAAAUUCUAUUGAAACUGAAUAAAAGGCCUGACAUCUUAAGGACCUCAGAUGAAUCGUGUGAAACAUCAAAUCACCAUGCUGUGGAUAACAAUUCAAACCAUGUCAGUUGCCAGACAAAUAUUACAAUGGAUAAUAUUGAUGAAAUGGAGAGAGAACUUGGAUUACUAAAAAGAAUAUUCAAGAAGAACAAAUGCUGAGCUCUAGGACCUUUGUGCAAAGAUACUGGAUUCAGAAUUGAGUCAUGAACUGUUUCAGUCUGAUGAAGAGAAGAGAAGACAAGACAAGAUUCUACACAGGUGUACCUAGCUUUGCUAUACUGAUGGCUGUGUUUGAACUCUGUGUACCAUUCAUUAAUUCAACACACAGGAAUGCCAUUUUCACGAGUUACAUUACCUAGGUGCGCGGAUGUGACGUGUACUGUGCCGCAACAAAGGCUCAAUCACAUGGGACACCA